UUUGUGUUCCAGGUGCGGUUCCUGGAGCAGCAGAACCAGGUGCUGGAGACCAAGUGGAACCUGCUGCAGCAGCUGGACCUGAACAACAGCAGGAAGAGCCUGGAGUCCAUUUAUGAAGCCCGCAUCAGCACCCUGCGGAAGCAGCUGGAGACACUUUCUGGAGACAGGGUGAGGCUGGACUCGGAGCUGAGGAGCAUGCGUGAUGUGGUGGAGGACUACAAGAAGAGGUACGAGGUGGAGAUUAACAGGCGAACUGCUGCCGAGAAUGAGUUUGUGAUGCUGAAGAAGGAUGUGGACGCUGCCUACAUGAACAAGGUAGAGCUCCAGGCCAAGGUGGACUCCUUGACAGAGGAGAUCAAAUUCUUCAAGGAUCUCUAUGAAGGGGAGAUUGCUCAGAUGCAGUCCCAUAUCAGUGACACAUCUGUUGUCCUGUCCAUGGAUAAUAACCGGCAGUUGGAUCUGGACAGCAUCAUUGAUGAGGUCCGUGCCCAGUAUGAGGAGACUACCCAGAAGAGCAAGGCUGAGGCCGAGGCCUUGUACCAGGGCAAGAUCCAGGAACUGCAGGUUGCAGCAGGCCAGCAUGGGGACGACCUCAAGCUCACCAAGACUGAGAUCUUGGAGCUCAACCGGCUGGUUCAGAGGAUCCACUCGGAAAUAGGAAAUGUGAAGAAGCAGUGCUCCAGUCUGGAGACGGCCAUCGCUGACGCGGAGCAGAGGGGUGACUGUGCCCUUAAGGAUGCCCGGGCCAAGCUGGAUGAGCUGGAGGGCGCCCUGCAGCAGGCCAAGGAGGAGCUAGCCCGGAUGAUGCGCGAUCACCAGGAGCUCCUGAGCGUGAAGCUGGCCCUGGACGUGGAGAUCGCCACCUACCGCAAGCUGCUGGAGGGCGAGGAGAGCAGGAUGUCUGGUGAAUUCCCAAAUUCCGUGAGCAUCUCUGUCAUCAGCAGCACCAAUGCAGGCGCAGGAGGGGCUGGCUUCAAUGUGGGCUUUGGCACCUCGAGCAGUUACAGCUACAAACCUGUGGCUAUGGAGGUCAAGACCAAAGGCAGCUGUGGCGGCGAGCUCAAGGAUCCCCUUGCCAAAACUUCGAGCAGUAGCUGUGCAACCAAAAAGGCUUCCAGAUGAUGGGCAGGUGGUGGCUCUGUGCG